ACUUAUUACCUUAUUGUGUAAAAGCCACCCAUGGCUUGCUAUUUUGGAUAAAUUACGCAGCUACGCGGCAAAAGUCAAUUGGGUCGUCCUGGCCGUGAUUAUUGAGCGGAUGCAUGUUAACCAUUUAUUAAUAAAAGAAGAAGGAGAAAAAGAAGUCUCUCACCCACUUUUCCCCCUUCCCACUCAUACGCGGCAUACGCGCGCGAACAACACGUAUUUCUGCUUGUUACGUCCCUGAACUGAUACCGUUACCUGACGCGGAGCGUUGAACCAGAAACCGGUGCAGUGGAACCAUGACCGUCAUUCCACGAUACACCACCGACAAGUGUACUUGAGUUUAAAAAAAGAAAAACAGUAAAGAAUUAUUGCGCGUAAACUAUUAUUUUGCUCCGCGAAGAUGCGUAGAUAGCGACAAUCCGGAUAGGACACGUAAAAUUCCUACCACGUGCGUAAAAUUUACGACCACGACGAACCAUCCACGCGAUCGAUCAAUAGUGGAUCAAAAUGGAUAGUUGGUGACCUGUUGCUCCAGAAGCUAACAUAAUGGAAAAAGCGAAGGAAAAUGGAUUGAGCGUUGAGGGUGAGCACAAAAGUGCGAAGAAAAGCAAGUUCUGGGCUUAUUUUUUCUGGCUGUUCGGUGGACUCUUCGGGGCGCAUCACGUGUACCUCGGCAGGGACGAUCAGGCUUUCGUAUACAUCACCACGUUCGGCGGUUACGUGGGCUGCGGUUUUCUCAGGGACAUUUACAGGAUACCUGCUUACGUGGCCGAAGCGAAUGACGAUCCGGCAUUCAUCGAGGAUUUCAAGCGAAAAGUCAGAGCUAAUCGAAAGCCGCCGUUUGCCGGGACACGAUUUGCAGCGGAAGCGGCGGUUGCCUACUUAUGGGCCGAGCUGUUCAACAGCGCGAUUCCGCAGGAGGAAUUGUACGGCAUUAAUUUCAGGCACUUGCUGAUUUUAGUACCGGCCGUGAUCGCGCUAGGUGUAUGGACAGUCGGAAAUAUCGGCAGAGAACAAGGUUCGAUAUGGAUAACGCUUGCCACAGCGUAUCUGUUUUAUCCAACCUUGUAUUACAUCGGGGACGAUACCAUGUGGAUUUUCGUCAUGGUGAUCGCCUCGAGCCUGAGCUUCGACACCUUCAGCAAGCAAUGGCGGCUGAAACCGAAGAAACGAAAAAGCUUCAUCCGGCGAAUGGCGUAUUUAGGCUUGGCACUCAUGCUCUUCUUCGCUAUCAUCGGCAGUUACUUGUACUUCAAUGCGGUUGUCACGGACAGCGAAGGCGAGGAGAUAAAGUUGUCGGAGGCAGUGCGACACUUCCUCACCUCGCCCAUCUGGACGGAUCUUAAGGCGAGUCUAGAGGCCACAUGGAACCAGGCCAAGCAUCAAGGCUUCUGGGCAACGUGGGCGCAACUGGUGGACCUUACGGAUCCUCGAGGCGAGAUAAACGCUUACAAGGUCCUGGGUCUCUCGCAAACCGCUUCACAGAACGAAGUCACGGCGCGAUGGCGAACUCUAUCCAGGGACAAUCAUCCCGACAAAGUUAAAGGUUCGGACGAAGAAAGGCGCAUGGCUCAGGAAAAAUUUAUGGAGAUUCAGCAGGCGUACGAGAUCCUGUCUCAGGCUAAGAAUCGCCGGAAACGACGGAAUCGCCGUUCCGAGAGCUGAGCCGUGCGUGCUUGUGAUUCGAGGGAUUAAUAAAGAACAAAAGAAUCUCCGCAUA